AUGAAACCCCUUAUAUUAACACAGCUUCACUUAUCACACUUUGGCACCAAAAAGACGAAAGCUAGAGCUCGAAACGUUGUUUACUGGCCAGGGCUUACAAGCGACAUUGAUAAACUAAUACUUAAUUGCCAUAAAUGCCUUAAAUACCGUAAUAACAACAAAAAGGAAAAAAACAUUCAACACGACAUUCCUGACUUACCGUGGAGUAAAGUAGGAUCAGACAUAUAUGAGUUGCAUGGAAAAAUCUAUGCAAUUGUUAUAGACUACUUUUCUAAAUUUAUAGAAAACAGUGUCAUUCCUGACAAAACGGCAUUUUCUGUAAUCAAAUUUAUGAAAACCAUAUUUACUCGUCACGGAAUACCUUCAAGUCUCAUUGCCGAUAACAACCCCUACAACAGUGCAGAAUUCCUUAACUUCUCAAAAGAAUAUGGGUUUAACUUCACUCCAUCAAGUCCAAACUAUCCCCAAUCAAAUGGUCUCAGUGAAAUGGGCGUAAAAAUUAUGAAGAAAAUACUAAAAAAAUGUGACAACCCUGAGCUUGGUCUUCUAGAAUACCUCAACAUGCCUCUCACUGGUAUGGACUACUCCCCAUCCCAACUUCUCAUGAACAGAAGAACGCGAACAACCCUACCUGUCUACCAUGACUUACUUAUACCAGCAGUUCCUGUAAAUGCUUAUAGUCAGAUCACCAAGUCCAGAAAUCGUCAAAAACAAUACUAUGAUCAAAACGCAUCUGAACUCCCAAACCUCGUAGCAAACGACACUGCCCGUAUGAGAAAGGAUGGAAAAUGGAAGAAAGUGACAGUUAAAGAAAAAUUAACAUUACCCAGAUCAUACAACGUGGUAGAUAAGUACGGAAGAGUAUACCGACGCAAUCGUAAACAUCUGAUUAAAACCAAUGAGCAACCACUAGUAUAUCAGCAUGAACAACUUGAUUUGCCAUACGAUUUACCGGCUGUUAUCACACCUCCUACAUCAAAUGAGGAAACAGCAAACAACGAAAUAGAAGCUACGUGUAUUCCUGAAACUCUAUCGACUGAACCGCAGCCUGACUUGCGAAGAUCUCUAAGGACUAAAAAGAGACCUGCUUACUUGAGAGACUUCAUUUAA